AUGGUUCGUUUCUACACUCUAAGCAUUGCGCUGUUCAGCGCCAUUGGAACCUUCCUCUUCGGCUUCGACACAGGCAUUGCGACCACAACAAUUGCUCAUCAGUCAUGGAUCGACUACAUGGGCCACCCCUCCAAAGGUCUGACAGGAGCCGUUGUGGCAGUUUACAUCGCAGGUGAAGCUGUCGGAGCGCUGUUGCAGACCUUUGUCGGCGACAGACUCGGCCGCAUCCGCUUUAUGCAGAUGAUGUGUAUUCUAGUCACCAUCGGCACGUCUGUACAGACAGGCGCAGUCAAUCUCGGCAUGUUCCUGUCAGGGCGCGCAAUCGCUGGCAUGGCCGUUGGUGGCAUGGUCGGAACUGUGCCCAUCUACCUCUCCGAGAUCAGCCCACCAGGGUCCAGAGGCCUCAUCGGCGGUAUCUCCGGCUGUGGCAUCUCCUUGGGCACAAUGAUGUCCAACUGGGUAGGCUACGCCUGCUCUUUCGCACCCUAUGGACAGACUCAAUGGCGUCUGCCACUCGGCAUCCAAAUCCCAUGGGGCGUGAUCCUCUUCAUCGGCCUUGCAACCUUCAUGCCCGGCUCCCCUCGACAGCUGAUCCGCGCAGGCAAGGUCGAUGACGCCCGCAUCCAAUUCAUCCGCAUACGCCGCGAGCUAUCUGCCCACGACCAGCAAGUCGAGUUCGCACACAUGAAGGCGCAGAUCGAGUUCGAAAUGGCGCGCGAGGUCACCUCUAUGAAGGAAGUCUUCAAGCUCUUCCGUCACCGAGCAUUCGUGUCAAUCGCAGUCCAGACUAUGACCUCGCUCACAGGCGUCAACGUGAUCCAGUACUACCAGACAAUCCUCUACAAAUCCCUCGGCAUCACCGCCAAAACCAUCCUCGCUCUAGCCUCCGUCUACGGGACCUGCGCCUUCCUCUCCAAUGUCCUCACCACGCGCUUCCUCACCGAUCAGUGGGGUCGUCGUCCUAUGAUCCUCGCCGGGCUGAGCAGUGUUGUGGUUAUCGAGAUCUACGCUGCUGUCAUGCAGAGGGAGUUUCAGAACACCGACAAUCAGGUUGGAAAGGGGUUUGCGAUUCUGGCGAUUUAUUUGUUUGUGGUUUGUUACUAUGGAUUUCUCAACUCGACUACAUGGUUGUAUGGUGCGGAGGUGCUGCCUGUGGCGUUACGAUCGAAGAUCAUGGGGCUGGCGGCGGCGAGUCACUUUAUCGUGAACGUUGGGAUUACGGAAGCCGGCCCGAGCGCGUUCGCAAACAUCAAGGAGAACUACUAUUAUGUGUUUGUUGGGUGCUCAGCAUUCUUCCUCGUGAUGGCGUACUUCUACUUCCCCGAAACGCGACGCAAGACGCUCGAGGAGAUCGCGGAAGCGUUCGGCGACAAGGUCGUGCUUGCGGACGAGCGCGAUGUGAUGGAGGAGGCGGAGGCGGAGAGGAAGUUGAGCAUCACUGAGGAGAAGCGGGUUGAGCAUGCUGCUUAG